CUGAUAUAUGUACUUGGAUCACUGAUAUAUGUACUUGGAUCACUGAUAUAUGUACUGAGAUCACUGAUAUAUGUACUUGGAUCACUGAUAUAUGUACUUGGAUCACUGAUAUCUGUACUGAGAUCACUGAUAUAUGUACUUGGAUCACUGAUAUAUGUACUGAGAUCACUGAUAUAUGUACUUGGAUCACUGAUAUAUGUACUUGGAUCACUGAUAUAUGUACUGAGAUCACUGAUAUAUGUACUUGGAUCACUGAUAUAUGUACUUGGAUCACUGAUAUAUGUACUUGGAUCACUGAUAUAUGUACUUGGAUCACUGAUAUAUGUACUGAGAUCACUGAUAUAUGUACUUGGAUCACUGAUAUAUGUACUUGGAUCACUGACAUAUGUACUGAGAUCACUGAUAUAUGUACUUGGAUCACUGAUAUAUGUACUGAGAUCACUGAUAUAA